CUUUAUUUAUUUUUUAGUUCGACAUGAGUUCUUAUACCAUUAGGAUGACACAAACUAUCAGUGCAGUGUUGUUCUUAUCGAUACUGACCCCACCGAUAAUCAGUGAUCAAGUUUUGUACAAAGGAGCAUAUGAAGCACAUACGACCACACCUAUCGAUGUGGAGUUAGUUCAAAGAACGGGUAAAGAUUUGAAUUCAGACUUUCGGAGCCAACCCGCCCUUGAUAAAAUAUCAUCCGCGAUGGUUAACCCAUUGGAAAACAAAUUAUUCGUAGAUCUCUUCAAGAAGCGCAAUGCCACGCGUCGGCUUCUGUUGUCUGAUGUACAAAAAACGAUUAAUCGUGAAACAAUGUUCAAUAAAAUUCGUUACGUUAAACGUCGAAGCAUCGAGGCAUUGAAUAUAGUGAAUGCAAACGGUACUAGUUUUGCAUACUUCUGGACACUGGAUGAGAUCUAUCAAUAUUUGAACAUGCUGGAGAAAAAGUAUCCCGAAUUGGUUGAAGUGAUGGACUACGGAAUGACUCACGAAAAUCGUCCAAUUAAAGUAAUUACCAUCAGCUCUAACGGUACGGUGGAUAAGUCCCGUCCAGUUGUGUUGAUUGAUGGAGGAAUGCAUGCUCGAGAAUGGGCCUCACAUAUGGCAGUUGUAUACUUGAUACAUCAGUUGGUUGAAUGUUCCGAAGAGAACAUGGAUCUUUUGGACAACACCGAUUGGGUGAUCGUGCCUGUAGCUAAUCCAGAUGGGUACGAGUACACUCAAAUUGAAAGACUGUGGAGGAAGAAUAGAGCACCGAUCAAUGGUUCGUCUUGCAUUGGAACUGAUUUAAACAGGAACUUUCCAUUUCAAUGGAAAGACUACGGAAAUAAAUGCUCAAUUGGAUUUGCUGGCCUAGGCCCUGCUUCAGAAUUGGAAACACAAGCUAUAAUAAAUCUAAUGACAAACUAUGCAUCGGCUACGAAGGUGUACUUGGCUGUUCACUCUUGUGGAGACUUCAUCUUAUACCCUUAUGGAUACGAUCACGUUGAUGCGCCAAAUAAAGAGAAAUUGCAUGCUCUAGGGGAAAAGGCAGCAGAGGCUGUUAGGACGGUACAUGGUUCAAACUAUUCGGUAGGGAGUGCAGCGUCACUACUCUAUCCAGCCAAUGGAAGCGACGAUUACAUUUACGGUCAGCUAGGGGUUGAAUAUGCUUACACGUUGGAACUUUCGUGUAGUGAGUCCAGCAGCGGUAGUAUAUUUGUCAUCAGUGUGGCAGAGAUGCAGCGGAUCAAUAAAGAGGCCUUCGAGAUGUUCAAAGUAUUUGGUAAAUUUGCUGGUGAACAAAUGAUCAGCAGUAUGCCCAAGAUAACAGCUAUAAAACAGCUGAGGUUAUUCAUAACAGUAGCCAUUACGUGGGCUGAAUUAGACUUGGAAGCGCGUGGUACAAGCAUGAAGUUCACGGUAUCCCUCGCUUUGUCCGUUUUGGCCGUGCUGGUCAGCACAGAGCAGGUGUCAUACAGAAAUUACAAAGUGUAUAAGAUCGAGCUAGAAUCCAGAGAGCAGCACACACAAUUACGACGUUGGGAGGAUGUGGAUGGUGUAGACUUUUGGGAUCGCGCUGGCCGACGUGUCAUGAUUAGUCCCGAAUUGCAAAAUCAUUUCGAAAAAUUCCUAGAAGCGAACAAAAUUACGCACGAGCUUAUCAUCGAUGAUGUGGAAGCUACCAUUGAUGCGGAACGAAAAUAUGAUCAGGAAUAUAGAAAGACCAAAUCAGCAUCCGGUCGUAGCACCGUGGAUUUCGACCACUACUGGAGAACCCAGGAAAUCUACGACUAUUUAGAUGAGCUGGCAGCAUCUUAUCCAAGUCUGGUUUCGGUGGAAGUUAUUGGCCAUUCAUAUGAAAAUCGUGAGAUCAAGUCCAUUACCAUCGCAUCCACUAAUGGACAAGUAAGUGGCUCAAAACCAGUUAUCUUCAUCGACGGUGGAGUACAUGCACGAGAGUGGGCUGCCAUCAUGUCUGUUGUAUACCUGAUCCACGAGCUGGUAGAACACAGCUCUGAAUACCCCGACAUGUUGACAAAUGAUUGGGUCAUCAUUCCAGUGGCAAAUCCAGAUGGUUAUGAGUUUUCUCAUACAUCAAACCGUAUGUGGCGUAAGAAUCGUUUCCCAGGAUCCAUCCUUUGCACAGGUGUUGACCUGAACCGUAAUUUCGCGUACCAGUGGGCCUCUGGAAGCAAUCUAUGCUCUGAUACCUACCCCGGUACUGGUCCAACAUCAGAAAGCGAAACUCAAGCCCUGGUAUCGCUGAUGGAGCGCUACAGAAGCAGUCUGACACUCUAUCUUGCAGUUCACACCUAUGGUGAUAUGAUUCUGUACCCAUACGGAUAUGCAUGGCCAUUCAUCCCGGUUGACAAUGCGGCUGCACAUAUCACUUUGGGACAAAAUGCUAGAGCUGCUGUGUUAGCCGUUGGUGGACCCACCUAUGUCGUGGGCAACAGCGCCGAAAUAUUGUACACAGCAUUCGGUGCAAGUGAUGAUUACGCAUUGGGACUGGCUGGAUUCACGUAUGGAUUCACACUUGAGCUGACUGGCGGUGGCAGCCAGGGAUUCGAUUUGCCUGCAACUCAGCUUCAAAGCGUGGCGCACGCUACUUUCCAAAUAUUCCGAUCAAUGGCUAACGACAUUUAGAAAGUCUAAUAAAUAAAAGUAAGAUCAA